GAUUGCGCAUCUACAGUUAUUCUCUGAAAAUAUUUAUCAAUAUCAUUUGCUACUGGACAAUAAUAAAUCUUGAUUGUCUAUUUCAGGUUAUUCCAACUGAACGUGCUGAUAGUGUUGGUGAGUCUGUUGCUGUGGAAGAACACAUUGUUUACAAUGUUGAACAAGAGGAACAGAUCCAGCGAGAGAUGAUGGAAGCACAGGAAGUAUUUGAAAAGAAGAAAGCUGAUCUUUUGAAGAGAAAGAAAGAAGCAGCCAUUCGUGAGCAGAAGGAAGCUGAUCAACUCCAGCAGAAAAAGAAGCAGGAACUAGAGUGUUUGGAGAAGAAAGAGGCUGCAUUGAAGCAGAACAAGGAAGCAGCAGCCCUUCAGCAGAAAAAGAAGCAGGAAUUAGAGCUAUUAGAGAAUAGAGAAGCCGCAUUGAAGCAAAACAAGGCAGCAGCAGCCCUCCAACAGAAAAAGAACCACGAAUUAGAGCCAUCCAAGAAUAAAGAAGCCGCAGUGAAGCAGAACAAGGCAGUAGCAGCCCACCAGCAGAAAAAGAAGAACCCAACUAUUGUUACACAACGAAAUUAUCUGGACGUGGACAUCAUGUGGUUCCGCAACCCGUUCGAGCGGAUGUCGGUGGCGGCGCACAUUCUGGAUGACGUCUACAUGUGUGAAUGGAGUUCGCAAACUCUACAAGUCAUCAUUUUGGGUUUAUAGAUGGACUAUUAGGCCUUUAGAACAUAACCAGCUAUCUUUUUGGGUUUCUAGAUAUACUACAUGUGUCUUUUCCACUUCUGGGUAUGAUGGAGCUACCUGUGAUCGAGUGAAUGCCUUUUGUAUAAUAUAUGAUGUUCUUCAGAACACAAAAUGUUGUGAUGUGCAUUUGUGUUGAUCGGAACUUUGAGAUAUUUUG